GAACUAUUGAAGAACUAAGGACUGAGGAACUAUUGAAUGAGUUUACUCUUGACAUCGCCUGAGGACAGAACAACUUGGACCAUACAAUCUUUGCUACAAAAUGGAAUCGGACCCGCUCUCCAAACCUGACAAAACCUGCAAAAUUGAGAAGGGAUCUUUCGAUAGGAGAUUCCAUCAAUUCUACGACAGUGACAUCACUAGUGACUGCGAAUUUCUAGUAGGAAAUGAAAAAAGUGUGAUCAAAGGACACAAGUUGGUUUUCUCUGCAGCCAGUACAGUUUUCUAUGCUAAAUUCUACGGAGACCUCAAAGAAAAUUCAGUGGUCGAGUUGAGUGAUUUGGAACCUGAAGGAUUUAAGAAAAUGAAGCAAUACAUUUAUACAGGUGAAGUGAGUUUUGAAACAUAUGAUCAAAUCAUCUAUACACUUGUAAUUGGUAAGAAGUAUAGUAUACCUACUCUUGCUACAAAAUGUAUGGAGCUUUUGGAGGAAGGAAAAGAUACUUAUCGGUUACAAGCAUUGAAGUACUAUGAGUAUCUGAAUGAGAGGAGUAUUUCAGAAUUGAAUCAACUAUGCGAGAGAAUUGUUGAGGAAAACACUUUCGAUAUUUUAAGUAAAGAAGGUUUUUUAUCAGCUAAACACAAAACAGUGGGUUGGAUUCUGGGUUUCGAGUCACUGGCAUUGACCUCUGAAGUGGAAUUGUUCAACUUUGUCGAGAAAUGGGCUCUUGCUAAAGCUAAGCCUGCAAUUCCUACAUCAGCAGAAGGUUUCAACCAUAUUAAAAAGGAUAUAAGAUUCUUAACAAUGGAUGGCGAGCAGUUUGCUGAUGUAGCUACUAAAACGACUUUGCUAACGGAUGGUGAAAAGCUGGCUAUCUCUCUGAAUCUGCUCAAGUUUGGUUCAACAUCAUUGCCUGAGUAUCUGUCAAACAAUAGAAAGGAACGCAAUUUCACUAGGAAACAACAUAGUUAG